AUGUCUUACUUUUUUAAGGGACUUUCCUCUCUAAGGCCAAUUUCCAACUCCUAUUUCAACUACAACAGACUUGGCCUUAAUGACUUGAACUGUAUACAGACCCGUGGUUUUGGAAGCGGUGACAUCCAGGCGGUCGCAGCAAGGAUUAAAUCAGUGAAAUCCAUUCAAAAGAUUACUAAGGCAAUGAAGAUGGUUGCAGCCUCAAAACUUAGAGCAGAUCAGAGAAGACUUGAAAUAGGGAGACCUUUUUCUCAACCUUCUCAGGAUGUGUUGAACUUGCUACCAAUCUCAACUACAGAAACGGGCCAUAAAGACACAGCCUUGGUCAUAAUGGCUUCAGACAAGGGUUUGUGCGGAGGUAUUAACUCCUCGGUUGCGAAAGCUACCCGAAAUCUACUUCAAAACGUUGACUCACAGUCUUCAGCAUACUCUUUGUAUGUUAUCGGAGAGAAGGCUAGGAGCGCUCUCCAGAGAAACUACCAAAAAAUGUUCAAAAACGUAUUCACUGAACUUACAAAGACGCCAUUUAACUACGCAAAAGCAGCGUACAUUGCAGAGCUUCUUCGCAACGGGAACCAUGACAAUAUAAAAAUUAUUUAUAACCAUUUCAAAUCAGUAAUAAGCUACGAAACUCAAGUGUUGGAUGUAUUAACUUGGAAACAAUACUCAUUGAUGAAUAAACGGGAAUUGAACGUUUUUGAGACUGAGCCGGACAUUGGGAAAUUCUACCCUGAUUUUUACGAGUUCUACUUGACUUCUUGCAUCUACGGUUGUAUGCUAGACUCCCUCGCAUCAGAGCAGUCUGCAAGAAUGUCUGCUAUGGAUAACGCAUCCUCAAACGCCACUGAUAUGCUCAGUAAACUAACCCUAAAGUAUAACAGAGCCAGACAAUCCAAGAUAACUCUGGAACUAAUAGAAAUCAUCUCGGGAGCCAACGCUCUUUAA